CUUCUUGCAAAUGGUGAGGGAGCGGGAAUUUGUGGACACCUACUGGUCUCUGGCACAGAUAGCAGAGAUCGCCACUCCAGACUUUGACCUCACUAAAGCCAGCAGGUUCCUCGGGGAUAUUUUUAUGUUUGCACGAACUUAGCUUCAGGCCUACAUAAGCACGGCUUUCCGGUUGGUAAUACCUUGACUAGACAUGGAGCCUUCCUUACUGCAGUGUCCCCUGGUGAGGAACAUGCGUAGCUGCAUAGGUAUGUGCUGAGCAGGGGCUUGGUUGCUGAGGGCUAUGGAAGAAGAGAUCAUGCUCCCCAUCCUGUUAAGAAUUUCACCAAAUUAGCCCACUGGGUUGUUGAAACAGAGGAAGCCGCAGGCAGCAGCUGGAGGAAAGAUGUACCAGCCUACUGGUUGAGGAUUUUUCCCUCCAAAAAGGACAUACAUUGCCUGGAAAAGCUAACAAAAAUUUCAGAGCAGAUUUGGAGGAAUUAAAUUGUUCUUAGGCAUAUUGCCUGGUUUCCAGGCAUUUAGGGAUAUGUAAAUUUUUUCAUGUUCUUUAGAGUUCUGUGUCUCAUUUGUACAGAGAACAUUAGUACUAAAAGUGAGAUUUGCUAGUUCUGCGUUUUUGUGUGAAUUUAUGCAGUGAAUAUUUAAUUUGAUUUGGGAUCUAGCAAAAGGAGAGGCUGUCUUCAAACAUAAUAUAGUUUAUUUUUUUAAUCCACUCUGCUGGUUGCUUUAAUUUUUUCUCUGAUAACUGAAAUACAAAGUAGAAUAAUACUAACCAAAAUUAAUAUUCUUGCUUCCCAAAGAUUUCCAUUGUUUGUUUUUGCUUCUUUUAAUAUGUAACUCUCUUAAGAGUGUUGUUAUAUUACAGCUAAGAGUCUUUAGCCAUGUAAGGUUGAACACUUUACACUUCUGAAUGCCAACAUAACAAUUACCUGUGAUCAGAUGUGGCUUCUUAAGAUGCCUACACUGAGUAAUAUUAAACUUACAGUGUUCUACACUGUAAAACUCGUACAGGCUCUCUUUGAUUUAACCAAAAGUGUGUGGCUAUUUUUAUUGCUUUAUUGUCCAGCCAGCUUAACGGAAACCUUUAGGUUGCUUUGACUUUUUAUAAUAAAGAUAAUGAUGAGAAAUGAGUGGAGUGCAAAGUGCACACAUAUGCACACUGUCCUAUUGGCAGCCCAGCACUAGCUUACUAACUCACUAGCUUAGAGAAUCUUUGGCUCUCCAGUUCUUCUUCCUCCACUAUGUUAAAAAAAGAAAAAGAAAAAACUUUCAUUUCCCAUUUCUCCCUCCACUAAGUGAUCCUCAUAGAGGAGUCUCCGGCAACCGUCUCUACUUCCUCUCGCUUCCUUAACUCCUUAAGUUCUAGUUGCCAUCCCCAGUAGUGCUAGACUGGAGUCUGCUUUCUCAAAAGUCAGCGAUGCCUCCAGACGGAUUGGGCUCCCUGUUCUGGCUCUUUCCAGAAUAUGAUAUUUGCUUAGUCACAUCUGUACCUAAGGCCAUGCCACACAUUUCAUCUGUCUUCAGAUUCCUACAGUUAGAGUUGUGUCUCCCUCAUUUGAACUCCACAGCGAUUAGUCUCUGCUGUCUUCUGGCAUUUUCCUAAUGUUAUUGUAUACCAUUUCCUUGUGUACCAGUCUUAUCUCUGAGACAUUGCCACAUGCCAGCACCCCUCCCACCCCUGCCUGGUGCUUUUGGAAGGCAGGGAUGUCUCACUGAUCUUUGUUGUGGAUAUUGUGCCCAGCAAUAGCACGCGGCCUGUGUACAUCUGCCAGACUGAUUAAGCACUUGUUGAAUGUAAGUAGAAAUUCAAAUUCAUACAGAUGGCAAAGUGUGAUGUUCAUUCUUAAGUCUUUUUUUUUUCUUUGCUAGGUGAAGCUCGCUUGUGGAGUGCAACAAUAAAAUCAGACGGCAGAUGGACAGUGUGGCGGGAGUGUCAGAAAGGAUGGGGCCUCUCUGUGAGAGUCAGCCUGGAGUCAAAGUGUUCACGAGCUGCUGAAAAGGAAGCCGGUGGGAGAACUGGCCCACAGAGGAAGGGGAGCCCUGUCUUCAGCCACACCGUUGAUGGAGGACAGAUGGACAGCCAAUGGCCAGUCACCUCUCCUCUUAAACCUUCGGAGAGUUGUCCUUUGUCCUCUGCUGGACACAUAUUGGGAAUCCUAACACACUCUCUGAGUUCACGUUCCAUAGAAACGUAAAAUUAGCAGCGUUGACUAGACGCGCCUAUUGCAUGGUCCCAGAUCUGCAAGCAUGAGUGCCGAGGGGUUCCAGUACCGAGCCCUCUAUGACUAUAAAAAGGAGCGAGAAGAAGACAUUGACUUGCACUUGGGUGACAUAUUGACUGUGAAUAAAGGGUCCUUAGUAGCUCUUGGAUUCAGUGAUGGACAGGAAGCCAGGCCUGAAGAAAUUGGCUGGUUAAAUGGCUAUAAUGAAACCACAGGGGAGAGAGGAGACUUUCCAGGAACUUAUGUAGAAUAUAUUGGAAGGAAAAAAAUCUCACCUCCCACCCCAAAGCCCCGGCCACCUCGACCCCUUCCUGUUGCACCAGGUUCUUCAAAAACUGAAGCGGAAAGUGAGCAACAAGCUUUGACCCUUCCGGAUCUUGCAGAACAGUUUGCCCCUCCUGAUAUCGCUCCACCCCUUCUUAUCAAGCUAGUAGAAGCCAUUGAAAAGAAAGGUCUGGAAUGUUCAACUCUAUACAGAACACAGAGCUCCAGCAACCCAGCAGAGUUACGACAGCUUCUUGAUUGUGAUGCCGCCUCCAUGGACUUGGAAACAGUUGAUGUUCAAGUUUUAGCAGAUGCUUUCAAACGCUAUCUGUUGGAGCUACCAAAUCCCGUCAUUCCAGUAGCUGUUUACAGUGAAAUGGUUUCUUUAGCCCAAGAAGUACAGAGUUCGGAAGAAUAUAUCCAGCUGCUGAAGAAGCUCAUUAGGUCACCUAACAUACCUCAUCAGUAUUGGCUUACGCUGCAGUAUUUGCUCAAACAUUUCUUCAAGCUCUCCCAAAGCUCCAGCAAGAAUCUCUUGACUGCAAGAGUGCUCUCUGAGCUUUUCAGCCCUCUGCUCUUCAGAUUCCCAGCAGCCAGCUCUGAGAAUACUGAACACCUCAUAAAAGUUAUAGAAAUUUUAAUCUCAACGGAAUGGAACGAACGACAGCCCGCACCAGCACUGCCUCCUAAACCACCAAAACCCACUACUGUGGCCAACAACGGUAUGAAUAACAAUAUGUCCUUGCAAGAUGCUGAGUGGUACUGGGGAGAUAUCUCGAGGGAAGAAGUGAAUGAAAAACUUCGAGAUACAGCUGACGGGACCUUUUUGGUACGAGACGCAUCUACUAAAAUGCAUGGUGAUUAUACUCUCACACUAAGGAAAGGAGGAAAUAACAAAUUAAUCAAAAUAUUUCACCGAGAUGGGAAAUAUGGCUUCUCGGACCCAUUAACCUUCAACUCUGUGGUUGAAUUGAUAAACCACUACCGGAAUGAGUCUCUAGCUCAGUACAAUCCCAAGCUGGAUGUGAAGCUGCUUUAUCCAGUGUCCAAAUACCAACAGGAUCAGGUUGUCAAAGAAGAUAAUAUUGAAGCUGUAGGAAAAAAAUUACAUGAAUAUAACACUCAAUUUCAAGAAAAAAGUCGGGAAUAUGAUAGAUUAUACGAGGAUUAUACCCGCACUUCCCAGGAAAUCCAAAUGAAAAGAACAGCUAUUGAAGCAUUUAACGAAACCAUAAAGAUAUUUGAAGAACAGUGCCAAACCCAGGAGCGCUACAGCAAAGAAUACAUAGAAAAGUUUAAACGUGAAGGCAAUGAGAAAGAAAUCCAAAGGAUUAUGCAUAAUUAUGAAAAGUUAAAGUCUCGAAUCAGUGAAAUCGUGGACAGCAGACGGCGGCUGGAGGAGGACUUGAAGCGGCAGGCGGCCGAGUACCGGGAGAUCGACAAGCGCAUGAACAGCAUCAAGCCCGACCUCAUCCAGCUGAGGAAGACGAGGGACCAGUACCUGAUGUGGUUGACUCAGAAAGGUGUGCGGCAGAAGAAGUUGAACGAGUGGCUGGGCAAUGAGAACACCGAGGACCAAUACUCGCUGGUGGAGGACGACGAGGACCUGCCCCACCACGAUGAGAAGACCUGGAACGUGGGGAGCAGCAACCGGAGCAAGGCUGAGAACCUGCUGCGUGGGAAGCGGGACGGCACUUUCCUGGUCCGGGAGAGCAGUAAGCCCGGCUGCUACGCCUGCUCUGUCGUGGUGGAUGGCGAGGUGAAGCACUGUGUCAUCAACAAGACGGCGACCGGCUACGGCUUUGCCGAGCCCUACAACCUGUACAGCUCCCUGAAGGAGCUGGUGCUACAUUACCAACACACCUCCCUCGUGCAGCACAACGACUCCCUCAACGUCACGCUGGCCUACCCGGUGUACGCACAGCAGAGGCGAUGAAGCGAGGGGCCCCCCGGUCCUCCUGAAGUUCGGCCACCCGGGGCCUCUGGAACGCACGGGCUCCUCCAGCCUGCCUGUGAAUUGAGCUGCGGAAACCAGGUCUUCAGAUGGGACUCGAGCUUUCGACACAAAGCAGCGGGGAAGACACGCAGCCCAGCGCCGCGAUGACCAGACGUUGCUAAUCUGGAGUGCUGCUCCUUCCUUCCUUCCUUUGUUUCUUGGUUUAAUUUAAAGCCACCACAACACAAAGAGAAAAAUACAUGCAAAAAUCUCUGCGUGCAGGGACAAAGAGGCCUUCAACCAUGGUGCUCGCCAAUGUUUCCGAAGCUUUACCAGCUCAAAGUUGGGACCUUGCAGACCAGAGGGUGGACAGGCUGUAGAGCCCUGGGCCGGCGCGCUCGGUCCAGCCUGGUUUAGCCUGGUGUUGCUGUGCACGGUGGGCCCAGACUCUUGCACUGGGAUUGCUUCACGUUCUAGCAGGUGGACAUGUCGCAGAGCCGCUUCCGCUCACAGGGGACAGGGGAGAACCUCGGCUCUCGACGUUCGGAGGAAACACUGUUGCAGCAAAGUGCCAGAAAGCGUUUUGUUUAAACUUUUCAACAAAAACAAAACCCACCAACGGAAAAAUGGAACUUAGACGACAGGACACUCAGUAUAUAAAAUAUGUACAUAAUAUUGGAUGACUAACUAUCAAAUAGAUGGAUUUGUAUCAAUACCAAAUAGCUUGUUUUGUUUUGUUUUGCUGAAGGCUAAAUUCACAGCGCUAUGCAACUCCUAAUUUUCAUUAAGUUGUUAUCUCGGUUUUAAAUGUACCUUCAGAAUAAGCUCCCCCUACCCCAAUUUUUGUUGCUUGAAAUACUGUUGUCUUGAUUUUUGUGUUAAUACUCAUUUUGUUAUUCUUUUACUUUUUUUUUAAAGAAGAAAUGUACAGGAUGCCGGUUUUAAAAAAAAAAGGCUUCAGAAUUAAAACUAUGAAAUAUUUUACAGUCUUGUACAGAAUACUUGGCUAUUAGCCCAAGGUUAAAAAGUUCAUAACAGAUUUUUUGGACUAAAUGUUUCGUUGGGCAGUGCCUGAUAAGCUUCAAAGCUGCUUUAUUCAAUAAAAAAAGAGAAAGAUAUAUGAUUAUGACAAAGUA